AGGUGAUAAGUAAUGGGAAAUUAGAAAGUGGAAUACAUAGAGUGGCAACCAAUUCAGUGAGAGAUAGAAUAUCUGUUGGAUGCUUAACUAGUCCUGCCUGUAAUGGAGAAUGCAUCAUUGAGCCAGCAAGAGCACUUUUAAGUGAAACCAAUCCUCCUAAAUACAAGCCAUUCUCCUGCACUGAGUACUUGAAGAUUUUCUUCACUGACACUUCUGAAUUUGAAGCUGCACUCAACCCAUAUAAGCUUUAAUUUAUUUAUCCCUAAGGAAUAAAUGAUGCGCUUCUAAUUAGGGUAAGGCUGCAUACAACAAACCCUUGUAUUUCGACCUAAACCUGAACUCUGAACCUAGUAGUAACUUUAGUGCAUCGGUCUGCUAUAUACCUCGAGGAGGUAAUUGUGUGUGUUUUAUGUUAUGUUUUGAUUUUGUGCA